GCCUUCAGUAACAUACUGCCUCUCCCACUGUAAGCAUCGUUUCAGUUACUUUCCUAAGAUUUUAUUAAAUGUUUUGUAACGAAUUAUUCCAAUUGAAAAAAUUCGGUUUACGCGCGUCUUAUUGAAAUUUCAUCGCUAACCCAAGCGUACAUCACUAGGUGAGUAAUCGAACAUUUUACAACACUGCCAGAGUGGUGGAAUGCACAAACGCCGAACUAUUUAAAAAUCUCCAGGAUAACUUUACGGAAAUCCCUUGUUUUGGUGGUGUGGAUCGUGCCAGAAGGUGGCACAACAACUCAUACCAGAUGCCAGGCCAUAAGCAUAGCCGGAAACAGGCGCAAUCCUCGCGCAUUCCUUCCCAGGCCCGAGAUUACAUUUCUGAAGUGGCUGUGGAUCGGGAGCUGGAGCGUUAUAUGAUCUUCUCGUCUACCGCCAGCAGUGGUAGCACCAACAGUUGCGUCUUGCACCAGGUCCCAGCACCAGAAGCCAUGGCCAACAACAGCAGCGGGAAUUGUUCAGAAUCUCCCACCAAAAACAGGACAACAAAGAAGGGAGCUCCUCAUCCAAAGCCUUUGGCUCCACCACCACCUCCGCCACCGCCACCUGGUCACAGUGCACCCAAGAAGAUAAAGAUAAGGCCUAGACUUAAGGAGAAGAGGAUAUCAUCCGAUGACGAGGUGAUCACAGUGAUUCCCAUCGAGAUGGCAACGAAGAAGGCCUUCCAGGCAGUGGCCGCCACCCAGACGCAGUCUGUAUCCGCUGAGGAUCUACGCACACCCACAAAGAAGUCGCCCGAGAUGAGGACCAAGAAGACACAGACCCCAGAGUCGGCUCUCAAGUCCCACAAGCGCCUCGAAUGGGAUCCCUCGGCGGAUGUGGGCUACUACAAGCGCGCCGUGUCCACGAGCAACAUCAGCACUCUAGAGCGUUCCGUCCUGGAGUCCUCCAACUGGCGCCAGCCUUGCUCCGAAACGGACCUAACCCGGGACCGAGGUACAUCGCCAAUGGCUCCGGAGAAGCCCACACCACCGCCACUGGCCUCCAGCACGUUUGUGAAUCGCAGCCAACGGGCAGUCAGCGCCCAUCCUGUGCCGAUCAGUAAUCAGUCGAGCCUGAAAUCGGCUCACACUUCGAGGGAAGACUCCAACAAGCUGGACUCUGUUCGUUCCAGCUCCAGGAAGGAGAACAGUUCACGUCAUGUCUCAAUGCCGCCGGCAGAGUCGCGUGCCAGUUCUCGCCGCGAAUCCCUGAUCCCGGAAUCACAGCCCAGCUCUCGAAGCUCUCGCUUACUGGACUCUCGUUUGAGUUCCCGCCAGGAAUCGCAGGCCACCUCGCUGUAUGGCAGUUCAGCGGCCAGCAGCUUCGAUUACAACAACCAUCCCAUGCCCGAGGAGGUAAUGCCAUGGCCGGCCAAGGCCCAACAGCCAUUGCUAGAGAAGAUUAUCCAGACAGAUCAGCAGAACAAGGAGAAACGAAGGGCCGAGCAGCGGGAGAAGGAAAAGGAGAAGGAGCGCGAGUAUACGGCGGCCCAGUUGGAGAAGGCUCUCAAUAAACGCAACCGGAACAAGGAGAAUCGCCAGCCAGUUGUCAGCAACUCCUCGACUACUUCCACCGCCGAAUCAGCUCCCAAGGGAGAUCUAGAUCUGGGCAUUGAGCUGCUCUGUUCCUUGGUGAACUCGCGCAGUCUCAGCGAGACGCAGAAGAAGAAACUAGUGCGGGACAUUGCCAAGAAGAUCUCAUGCCUGGAUCUGGCCGAGUCCCGUCCGGACAAUCAAAGCCACCAAACCCAGACCGAUAAUGCCUCUGUGCCAGUGGCAGCUCCUCUCCAGUCGCAGGAUGCGGCCAUGAAUACCUCGCAAAGGUACUCCCGACGCAGCAGUUCCAUCUCGAUGCGAAAGUCACCUGUUUUGUACGUGGAAAUGGUAGGAUCCCGACCUAACAAUCGAAACCAUCAGACACAGACUGAUAAAGUGCCAGAACCUCUCCAGCACCGGGAAAUGGCCACCAAUACCUCGGAGGUGGCCUCCAGGCGCAGCAGUUCCCUUUCGAGUGUUGAGAGAUCGGUUCCAGCUCCAGUGCCGGCUCCUCGCAAACGCACCACUGCCCUGACGCCACCACUGCCCCCGACAGCCAACAGCUUGUCCAGCGGCACCUCGACCAGUGUCUCCCAUGAGGUUAUAACCCAGAAAAAGAACUCCCCAGCCCCUCAGGCGGAAGCCUCCACGGAUGCUGAUGUGGCCGAUGCCGUCAUGGCAGAGUGGCUGCAUCCGAUGACCCAGAGCGAAAUCGAGUACGAGGGACGCCAGAAGACUGGCUUGCAUGCUGAGCGAAUGGAAAAGCUGAAGAUGCUGGACGAGGAGAUCCGACGAAUGCAGCUGCUGAGGGAAGAGCUGGCCACCUUUCUGAACGAUUUGCCGAAGCUGAGACCGCGCACGGCGGACAGGAACGAGGUUCUCUUUGUGGUCGAGCCAGUUUUCCAAGUGGCCGAUUCUCCUACACCUUCGGGAGUGGAUUCCACGGCUCCCAAUCCGCCGCCAAGGCGUGCAUCCUUGAGCGGCCCGCCCCGGGAACUCCCACAGAUACCCACCUCGUCGUCGACGGUGACCCGUUCCACGUCACCGGCUCUGGAGGCGGGGGAGGCACCACCACCACCAGUGCCACCACACCAGAUGCGCUGUAAGAUUGUCACUCCAGUGCUGAGGAGCUCGUCCAGCGGCGGGAGCGAGAGUGUGUGUUCCUUUGUAAAGCAGCGCAGGCGGGAGUUCAACGAGCACUACCAGUCGCUCCAGAAGCAGCAGCUACUGCUGGUCCAGCAGCAGCAGAAGGAACUGGAACUGCAACUGAAGCAGAAACAGCAGCGACCCUCGCAGACCCAUCGCGGUAAUCGGAUGGCGAGACAAGAGAAGAGUCCCUACAUCCAGAUGAACCAUUAUACCCAAGCCCACGUCCAGACCCAGACCAGGCGGGACUACUGCUGCCCGGACAAGGAGGAGGCGGCCGUUUACUACCAGGUCGUGAACUCUCACGAAGCCACUGGCUAUCGGGAAACUAAAGGCGGUGGGAAUGCAAGCUCCAGCAGCACUACUACCACCACCACCACCACAACCACCACCAACUCUUCAUCGUCGGUUAUGUGUUCCGUGCUGAGUUCGGACAUGUCCGUGCCCAUGGGAAUGAUGAACACGUGUGAGACGACGACCACCACCACAACGCACCAGUACGAUGAUGUGGCGUGCCACAGAAUCCAUCACAUCCGACGGACUAAACGAAAGCCGGAGACGGAAGACGAAUCCGAUGAGUGCAUGCGUCGACAGAUGCUGCACAUUUGUCCGUCCGGAGUGGCCUAUCUGAUCGAAUUCGUUUCGAAGAACGACCUUAGGGAGAUUGCGACGCCACCGAUGUCACUGCAGGAUCAACUCUAUCAGGCUCGUCCCGACUUCUGUAUCAAGUCCAAGGAGCGCAAGGCCAUUCUCAAUAAGAUGCAGGCGCUGAGGAAUAUGCGCCGCCGAGACAUGGAACAGCUACUAAUGAACGAAGACAUGAGCGUGGAAGCUAUGGACAAGAAGCUAAUGGAACUGCCACCACCUGCCACCUAUUUUUCAAAUUUGAAUAUAGGCCAAUUGCGAGUGUUUUCCACUCGCAAUAUGAAGGCAAUGACCUCCAGGCGGUGUCGUGAUCUCCCCGAAGUGGUGGCCGCCAAGAAUCGAGAAAAGGAAGAGAAGCGUCGUCGGUGCAAUCGUCUAAUGCGUGAAGUUUUCAAUAAGCGCCUCAAGAAACGUGUGGCUGAAGGACAAGUCUCCCAUAAUCAUAGCGUAACUAUGAUCUAACAGGAAUUGUAACUAAAAUGGACUUAUGACUUAUAACUUAUGACUUAUGACUCAGAUACCUCAAGAUACCAGCCCCAUCCAGUUUAUGUUUUCGUCGAAUAUACGACGACUUGUGCCAUUGUAGGCUUUUAAAUAUCUGACACAAAAAUACUUUUAAAAUUCUAGUUUUUAAACAAUUUUGAUGUAAUAUAAUGUUUCGGAAAUUCUAACAUUGACUUAGAACUAAAUUUUAUCAAAAUUUAUUAGAAAGUAAGCGCCUUUUUGGGAUAACAUGUUAAAACUUCAACUGUUAAGAUUGUUUCAAAAUACAAAAUUAUUGAAAUGUG